AUGUUUGAAGAGACUUCGAACAGCAAGUGGCAGAGUUGCAUGGAAAUGGAGCAGGCUCCAGCGGUGGUAAUAUUCAGGCUUCUCACCGCGCUGAUUUGCGCAUCGAACAUUGCAGUUGAGGCUUUCAAUGUCGAGGGAGGUGUGAAGGAUUUGAAAGAAGCAAAUACGAUGGUAAGGCACGGGAUCCAGUUGGAGAGAAUAUCAGAGGACAUCGCAAAAUGUCUGAAGCACGAUAAGGAAGACCCUGAAGGUUGGGAAAAGGCUUGCAAUCUCGCUGAGGAAGCGCUGGAUAUGCUUAAAAGAAUAGCUGGCGAGCUUAAUGGACCAAGGGGAAAUGUGGCUGAAAAGCCAGAAGCAAAACAGGGACAUAGUGAGAAGAUAACUGGAGGUUGGAGAGAUUGGAGGAGGGAAUCAAUAAAACCAAGAAUAGGUGUAAAUGGCUCUUCCCCAACCGCAAUGGGGACGACUGAGAUGUAUGUUUCGGUUGUGAAAGUAUGUGUGGAAGGAGGUGGUGUGACAAGCAUAUGUUUAGUUGGUAGUGCCUCCAGCGUUAAACCUAACAGCAAGGAUCUUCAGUUUGAUUUUGAUGCGUGUGUCCAGCACUGGAUAGAUAUUAUAGGUGAAUGUGGAGAUCCUACGAUUAUGGGUAUGUCAACACUGCCUGGUGGCGAUGCAACAAAAGGGGACCGUCAGAAACAAAAAGAAGAGAACCACACUCUUCAAACUCCUUCCUCCUAG